AAAAUUUCAGCCCUUAAACCCUUCAAAUAGCAAUAAUGCCCCAACUAGCAACCUUCCGCCUCCGCCUUCUCCUCUCCUCCGCCAAUCAUCACCACCGCCACUCUGCCGCCGCUCUAUCCUUCCCUAAAGCCCGUUCCUCGUCCACUUCUCUUCCGCUGCUGCAUAAGCCCCAUUGCAGAAGUUACAGAUCGCCUCUCCUCUUAGCGAAUUUCUCCUCAUUACCCAGAAAACCCUACCGCACUGAUAAGAGGAAUUCGCGCACGUUCGAUAGAAAAGGUAGUACGUUGAGGGAGAGUUUGGAUAAGAAAGGUAGUAAUAGCGAUAAAGGUGGACUCCUGGCGAUGGAAGAAACGGAGGGAAGUCGGAAAGCUGCGCCGGAGGGUUUAGGGUUUAACAGAAAGAGGGCUGAGGGUAGAGACGAGAGUGAUAGACCCAAAAAGAAUCUGCAGGUCAAGGUUCGGAAGCUCAAUCCUGCUAAUACCAUUUCCUACGUUCAGAUUCUUGGAACUGGUAUGGAUACACAAGAUACAUCCCCAUCAGUAUUGCUAUUUUUUGACAAGCAGAGAUUUAUAUUUAAUGCUGGAGAGGGACUUCAACGCUUCUGCAGUGAGCAUAAAAUCAAAUUGUCGAAGAUUGAUCACAUAUUUCUUUCGCGUGUCUGCUCUGAGACUGCCGGUGGACUUCCAGGCCUUUUAUUGACUUUGGCUGGUAUGGGCGACGAAGGAAUGUCUGUCAAUGUAUGGGGUCCGUCAGAUUUAAAAUAUUUAGUCGAUGCCAUGAAAUAUUUCAUCCCUAAUGCUGCAAUGGUUCACGCCCGUAGCUUUGGGCCAAUGCCCAAUUCCAACGGAUCUUCUAUCAGCUGUACAGGGAAGUUCGACGAUCAUUUGGUUCUUAUUGAUGAUGAAGUUGUGAAAAUAUCAGCUGUACUCUUGAAACCAAAUUACAGCGGAGCUUCUAACGUAGCAGCUGAAAAAUGCCGUGGAUCAAAUUCUCCCGAAUCUGAUGUUAAUGCUACUAAGCCUGGCGAUCUUUCGGUUGUUUACGUUUGUGAAUUGCCUGAGAUUAAGGGGAAAUUCGACCCCCAAAAAGCUGCUGCACUCGGAUUGAGACCGGGACCAAAAUAUCGUGAAUUGCAAUUGGGAAAUUCUGUUAAGUCGGAUCGUGAUGAUACCAUGGUACACCCGAGUGACGUACUGGGCCCUUCCAUUCCUGGUCCUAUUGUACUGCUAGUCGAUUGCCCGACAACUUUGCAUUUGCAGGAGUUAUUGUCUUUGCAAUGCCUUUCACCUUACUACAUAGGUUCGGAAUCCGAUGUUCCAGAAGGUUCCAAACUUGUUAAUUGCGUGAUUCAUCUAACUCCAGCGACUGUCACGACAACGGAUGAUUACCAAAAGUGGAUGUCGAAAUUUGGAACUGCUCAGCAUAUUAUGGCAGGGCAUGAAAUGAAAAAUAUUGAGAUUCCGAUUCUAAAAUCGAGUGCUAGAAUCUCAGCGCGCCUCAACUAUCUGUGCCCUCAAUUUUUCCCAUCCCCCGGCUUUUGGUCUCUACAGUCAGUUGCAAAAAAUCCUAACCAAGAUCUCUUGGCAAGGCCCGAUCGAGUGAUUCCAGCAGAGAAUCUUCUCAAGUUCCAUCUUCGCCCCUACGCAAAUCUUGGAUUCGACAAAUCGGGUAUACCAAAAGCAUCAUCUACUUCCGAAAUCAUUGAAGAGCUAUUUUCCGAGAUUCCAGAGGUUGAAAAUGCUUCUAAACUUGUCAACCAAUUCUGGCAGAACAGCCGCGGGAAUAACGAAGAAAAUAUAUAUACGGAUGCUAACGAUAUUCUAACCGAAGAGCCGUGGUUGGAUGACAGAACCCUUCCGAGCUGUCUCGAAAACAUAACUAGAGAUGACAUGGAGAUUGUUCUUCUCGGCACCGGUUCUUCGCAGCCCUCGAAAUACCGAAACGUCAGUUCGAUUUUCAUCAAUUUAUUCUCUAGAGGAGGUUUACUAUUAGACUGCGGCGAAGGAACCUUAGGACAGCUAAAAAGAAGAUUUGGCGUCCAAGGCGCUGACGAAGCUGUAAAAGGAUUAAGAUGUAUAUGGAUUUCACAUAUCCACGCCGAUCAUCACGCCGGUUUGGGAAGAAUACUCACUCUGAGACAGGAUUUAUUGAAGGGAACGCCGCACGAACCUAUCGUAGUCGUCGGCCCACGGCAGCUCAAGAGGUUUCUCAACGCCUACCAGAGGCUCGAGGAUUUAGAUAUGCUCUUUCUUGACUGUUACCACACCACAGAAGCUUCGCUCGAGGCGUUUGAAUCUUACGAAAGUGACGAAAAUGGAAAUGCAGGUGAGAAUGACGACGCAACAUUGUUUUCCCGAGGAAGCCGCAUGGAAAGCUUUUGGAAACGCCCGGGCAGCCCUACGCAGAUUUCUGCCGUCCUUCCUAUCGUAAAAUCUUUGAAGAAAAUUCUCGGCGAAGCCGGUUUGGACGCACUUGUAAGUUUCCCGGUCGUGCAUUGCCCGCAAGCGUACGGAAUUGCGCUGCAAGCGGCGAAUAGGACAAAUGGAGCGGGGAAAAUUAUUCCCGGGUGGAAAAUUGUGUACUCGGGCGACACCCGUCCUUGUGUAGAACUCGUCAGAGCUUCUCGAGGCGCGACGAUUCUUAUCCACGAGGCGACGUUCGAAGAUAGCAUGGUGGAGGAGGCGAUUGCGCGGAACCAUAGCACGACGAAGGAGGCUGUGGAAGUCGGGGAUUCUGCGGGGGCAUAUCGAAUAAUUUUAACUCAUUUCAGCCAGAGGUACCCGAAGAUUCCGGUAUUUGAUGAAGGACAUAUGCAUAAAACUUGCAUUGCUUUCGAUUUGAUGAGCGUGAAUAUAGCAGAUGUGCAUUUGCUCCCUAAAGUGUUGCCAUUUCUUAAAGUCCUGUUUAGAGAUGACAUGGUUGUCGAUGAAUCUGAGGAUGCCAAUUUGAAUGCUGCUGCUGCUCUGUAAUUCUUUUUUUCUUUUUUGUCGAGGGUGACACAUCCAUUUGCUUAUUUA